AUGCUGAUUUCAUGGUUAACAAGUUCUCUAUCCCCUGAUAUUGCGGAUAGUGUCCAGUAUUCUGAAACAGCUGAAGAAAUAUGGAGACAGUUAAAUAAAAGAUAUGGAACAGUAGGUGGAACUAAAGCCUUUGAAAUUAAGAAAGAACUUGCCUCUACCUGUCAAGGCUCCCUAGAUAUUGCAUCAUAUUUUAACAAGUUAAAGAAAUUGUGGGAUGAAUUGAGGGUUGCUCGUAAAAAUCAUGGAAAUCACUGCACUUGUUGUGCAAAAGAAGGUAUUCUCAAAGAGGAGGAAGAGGAUAGACUUCAAUAG